AUGACUUUCGUGGAAGGCCAGAGUCUCGAUAAAGUUUGGGAAUCUUAUGAUGAGAACACAAAAGCCCAUGUUACCAACCAGCUCAAGCAAUAUAUCUGCGAACUUCGCAAUAUCGACGGCAACUACAUAGGCUCGACUGAUUCCGGCCCCAUUAUGGAUCCGAUCUUUGAGACUUACCACGACAAAGGACCCUUUAACUCCGAAGAAGCUUUUAAUAACGCAAUCGUCGAUGCCUAUCAAUCCAAGGCACCAAGAUGUCACAUCAAGAGUUUCCUAUCCGGUAUGUUAUGCCAAAACAAACACCAGAUCAAAUUCAUCCACGGAGACCUACGCCUCCAGAAUACCAUAGUCAACGAUGGAUCUGUCAGUGGGAUUGUGGAUUGGGAAUUUAGUGGCUUGUAUCCUGAAUACUGGGAAUUUUCCAAAGCUCUCCAUGUCUAG